UUCUUCCGUUUCCUUUUGUUUCAAGCGUAUCAACAUAACAAACAGCGUUUCUCUACCUUCUCUGCAAAAAGUCCGAUUCAGGAGGAAUGCGCUCUAAUGUGAGACUUUUGUGUUUUACUCCGUUAUACUUUUAUCACUGCAAUGUUGAGUUUCCUCGGUGGCACGCUGGAAAGUGUUUGGUUCGUUAGCUAAACUUUGCAGUUCCCAACUGACUGAACUGCAGAAGAUGCCAACAGGACAAGCUAGCUGGGCAAUAAUGUAGUGGUUCAGCUCCGCUACCUAAUAGGCAGAGCUUUGAGGCAAUACUGGUUGAUGAUGGAUGAAGACAUUCCCACCAUUAAGCCCAGACGAAUCCAGAAUCAAAAUGUGGUCUAUCGGCUUGAGAAGCGUCGGAUCUGUUCGGGCCGUUCGGGUGCUCACUGGUACGGAGUACGCUGCUUCCACCAGAACCUGUUUCCCAACUUUACGGUGGUCAACGUGGAAAAGCCGCCCUGUUUCCUGAGGAAGUUCUCACCUGAUGGACGCUGUUUCAUCGCCUUCUCAUCUGACCAGACGUCUCUAGAGAUUUAUGAAUACCAAGGCUGCCAAGCUGCCCAGGACUUGCUGAGAGGCCAGGAGAGUGAAACUCUUUUAACAGCCAAUGACCAGCGCUCCCUCAACAUCCGAGGCCGCCUAUUUGAACGUUUUUUCUCCUUGCUCCACGUGACCAAUGUGGCGUCGAAUGGAGAGCACCUCAACCGCGAAUGUAGCCUCUUCACUGACGACUGCCGCUAUGUCAUUGUUGGCUCAGCUGUGUAUGUCCCCGAGGAGCCACAACCGUACUUCUUUGAGGUUUAUCGCAACAACGAAUCUGUGACUCCGAACCCUCGGUCCCCUUUGGAGGACUAUUCCCUCCACAUCAUCGACCUCCAUACGGGCAGACUGUGUGAUACCAGGUCCUUUAAAUUUGACAAGAUCAUCCUGUCCCACAAUCAGGGCCUCUACCUCUACAGAAACAUUCUGGCCGUGUUGUCGGUCCAGCAGCAGACCAUACAUGUUUUUCAGGUGACGCCAGAGGGAACAUUUCUGGAUGUUAGGACCAUAGGACGGUUUUGUUAUGAAGAUGACCUCCUGACUCUUUUGACUGUUUAUUCUGAGUCUGAGAGCCAGCCGGGCAUCCCGCGUCUCUACACAGACAAAACAAUCAACUCUCUUAAGCACAGGCUACUGGUCUACCUGUGGAGAAGGGCUGAACAGGAUGGCAGUGCUACGGCCAAGAGGAGAUUUUUCCAGUUUUUCGAUCAGCUAAGGAGACUGAGGAUGUGGAAGAUGCAGUUGCUGGAUGAGCAUCAUCUCUUGAUUAAAUAUACAAGUGAAGACGUGGUUACGCUCAGGGUCACAGACCCUUCACAGCCGUCUUUCUUUGCCGUGUACAACAUGGUAUCGACAGAGGUUCUGGCCGUCUUUGAGAACACUUCCGAUCAGCUGCUGGAGCUGUUUGAAAAUUUCUGCGACUUAUUCAGGAAUGCCACGCUGCACAGCCAGGCUGUCCAAUUCCCCUGUUCCGCUUCGUCCAAUAACUACGCUCGCCAAGUCCAAAGAAGAUUCAAAGACACCAUCGUGCAUGCCAAACAUGGCGGCCAUACAGAGGCGGUCCGCCGGCUGUUGGGUCAGUUGCCCAUUAGUGCGCAGUCCUACAGCAGUAGCCCUUACCUAGACCUGUCGCUAUUCAGCUACGAUGACAAGUGGGUGUCCGUGAUGGAGAGGCCCAAGACCUGUGGAGACCACCCAAUCAGGUUCUAUGCACGUGACUCUGGCCUCCUGAAAUUUAAGAUCCAGGCGGGCUUGCUCGGACGGCCGGUCAACCACUCUGUGCGGCGUUUGGUCGCUUUCACCUUCCACCCUUUCGAACCUUUUGCCAUUUCUGUCCAGCGCACGAAUGCGGAGUAUGUGGUCAACUUCCACAUGAGGCAUGUUUAUGCGUGAAGAGCUUUUAUUUGUGGGUACUGGAGACUCUUGGUAAGUUGGCGUUUUCUGAGCUCCUUUGCCUCCUCCACCCCAGCCAAGAGACACUUUUAAAUGGGAAACGCUGACUACUGAUGGAUUUGUGCAAGAGAGUAGUUACCUGGAUUUUCAAGGAGGAAACCAAUGGUUGUUUACUCAGAAAUUGCACACUAGGUUGUACCGCAAUCACCUGUCAUUUUCUAAUAUGGUUAAAAGGCAUUUUAGACUUUUUUUUUUUUUAUUUUGGUCUGUUUUAGUGAGCACAUAAUUUGUGUAUAUUUUACAAUAAAAUGAACAAUUUGUUUGUUUA